UGUUUACAUCCGAAGGAAGAGGAGUCUGAUCGCAUUUUCUUCUGUAUUUUAACGAUUUUAUCCCUUUUUUGCCGUAUUUAUCUUAUCUUUUCGUGUGAUGCUAUUAUCUCCCUCCUUUAAUUAGUUAAUCGCGAAUUUUCCGAGGGCUAGUGCUUUCCGAUGUGUAUUUCCGGACCGCUGAAACACGGUAUAGCCUGGUCGUUUUCAUCAGUAAUUUUAAUUUUAGUUAGUGGACCGAACGAAUUUUUCAACGCGUGAUAAUUCGUGCAGUGUUAUUACGAUGUAAUUAACGACUACCGUCACGAAGGCCUGUUUUUGUGUGUGAAUUGUGAUGUUAGUUCUUCCCGUGGAAACUAAAAGUAGAUGAUAUCAUGGGUGAGGAUGAGUCCAGCGUACGAGUGGCCGUUCGGAUUCGGCCACAGAUCCCGCGGGAGGUGAUCGAUAUGUGCCGGGUGUGCACGACGGUGACCCCGGGGGAGCCGCAGGUGAUGCUCGGCUCGGACAAGGCCUUCACCUACGACUACGUCUUCGACAUGCACGAGACCCAGAGCAACAUCUACGAGAGAUGCGUCGAGUCCCUCGUCGCCGGCUCCCUCCAGGGAUACAACGCCACCGUCCUCGCUUACGGACAGACUGGCUCUGGAAAGACGUAUACAAUGGGCACAGGGUUCGACCUGGACAUCAACGAAGACCAGAUCGGAAUCAUACCUCGAGCCAUCGAUCACCUCUUCCGCGGGAUUGCUCAAAUCACAGAAGAAGCAAUAAAUGCGGGCGAUCCUCCACCCAGGUUCACAGUUGUCGCUCAGUUCCUUGAACUUUACAACGAGGAAGUCAUCGAUCUAUUCGACAACACCCGAGAUUAUGCCCUUAGUAAGUGUAAAAGUGGCAUCCGCAUCCAUGAAGAUUCGAAACAUUCUAUCUACGUCACCGGCGUUACGUCCAAAGUAAUUCACUCAGCCGAAGAUGCUCUGCAGUGUCUCAAGCAAGGUGCCUUGUCCCGAACAACAGCUAGCACUCAAAUGAACUCUCAAUCCUCUCGGAGUCAUGCUAUUUUCACCCUCCAUAUCGAACAAAAACGGCUGGUUAAAAUAGAGGAUGAAGAGGCGGAUUCUAAUUCAGAGUCAAUGACCAGCAGCGUAACAAGUACAGGGAACAGAGAGUUCGAAACUUUAAGUGCCAAAUUCCAUUUCGUGGAUCUAGCAGGUUCCGAGCGACUGAAAAGAACUGGUGCUACAGGAGAGCGAGCAAAAGAAGGCAUAUCAAUCAAUUGUGGUCUCCUCGCUCUAGGAAACGUCAUAUCUGCUUUAGGUGAUAAAUCGAAACGGGCACUUCAUGUCCCGUAUCGAGACUCGAAACUCACAAGACUGCUUCAAGACUCACUAGGUGGGAAUAGCCAAACUGUAAUGAUAGCUUGCGUUUCUCCAAGUGAUAGAGACUUCAUGGAAACAUUGAACACUUUAAAAUACGCCAACCGUGCUAGGAACAUUCAAAAUAAGGUCAUGAUAAACCAAGAUAAGUCCUCGAGAACCAUCCAGCUGCUGCGUCAGGAGAUUCAGCAAUUACAAUUAGAACUUUUAGAAUACAAACAAGGCAAAAGAGUCGUUAGCGAAGAUGGCACGGAAGCUAUCAAUGACAUGUUCCAUGAAAAUACAAUGCUUCAAACAGAGUUGAAUAAUUUGAGGACACGAGUGAAAGCAAUGCAGGAGACAAUCGAUACUCUUAGUGCGAAAAACUCGGAGUUACUAGCAGGGAAAGCCAUGGGUAAGUGGCUGAACUCUGGUGCUGGAGGCAGCGACUCGGAGAUGACUGGUAUGAUUCAAGGAUACUUGAAGGAGAUUGAGGAGUUACGUGCCAAACUUUUAGAAUCUGAAUUCCUUUGCGCUCAAUUACGGAAAAACUUCAGUCGAUCUCCCGCGCCGAAAAGCUUUCACAAUCCACUUUCACAUUCAAAUAGUUUUAUUUUGAAUCCUGUCAAUGAUACUUCAUCCGUAGGCAAUCUAAUUGCUGAAGCUAAGAAAGGCCUUCAAAAGGAUCUGGAAGCUCUCGCUCGUAGCCGCUGUGAUAGUGACAAUAGCUCAACAAAAAAAUACGAAGUAGGAGAAGAAAGUGAGAAUUCUGAGGAGAACGAAGAGGCCACAGAGUCGGACGAUGACUCGGGUGAUAAACAGAGUAACGAUGGCAGUGAGUUUAGUCAAGAAUUAGCCGAUUUAACAACGGACAUCAACUUAAAACAGAAGUUAAUAGAAGAACUAGAAAAAUCCCAAAAGAGGCUGCAAAGUCUGAAACAGCAUUAUGAAGAAAAGUUAAUGGCUCUUCAAGCGAAGAUAAAAGCAACGCAAGAUGAAAGAGACAAAGUCCUGGCCUCGUUUAGCAACCAAAACAACAAUCAGCCAAGUGAAAAGGUCCGUAAAGUCCGUGAUGAAUACGAAAGUAAACUAAACAACAUGCAGAGAGAAUUACGAACCCUGCAAUCUGCCAAAAAAGAACACGCCAAACUUCUUAGGAGCCAAUCACAGUAUGAAAAUCAAAUUAAAACCCUCAGGUUAGAAGUUGCGGAUAUGAAGAGGAACAAAGUGAAACUAAUCAACAAAAUGAAAGAAGAAAACACAAGGCAUAAGGAUAUGGAAAUGCGACGGAAUAGGGAAAUUGCUCAGUUGAGGAAAGAAUCCAGGAAAGCGGAGAACAUGAUCCGAUCGUUGGAAGCUGAAAAACGAGUCAAAGAUGUCGUGUUGAAACGGAAGCAGGAAGAAGUCACCGCCCUGCGAAAGCAAGCCCGAGGAGGUCUCAGCACCAAAGCAGCUGGUAGGAUUUUAACCUCUAAAAUUGUUAACGGCAACACAACAACGGUCUCGCCCAAAAUCGCAAAACAUAAGUGGCAGUCGCUUGAAAAGAACAUCACCACAAAUACUCUGAACAAACAAUCAGUCGUCGCUCUAGAGAGGGAUAUGGAAAGGCUAAUGGCGGAACGGAAAGAGUUGCAUCAGGAUAAAGAAUCAAAAAUUAAACAACUUAACGAAGUGAAAAGGCAGAACCCCCGUGAUCCAAGCAUUCCCGAUAUCGAAGAAGAAAUCGAAACUCUGCAAUUGAACUUAGACUACAUUCACGAUAGUAUUAAAGAAGUCCAGCGCAACAUCAUCGAAGUCGAAGACUCUAAAGUCGUGCUGGACAGCACCGACUUGGUUUCUGGUAUCCAGGAUCUGAGCGAAGCCUCUUACUUAAUAGAAAAAUUGUAUAAUUCAACGUUGCAUCACUCAUGUUUAGCAGCGCAAAAGGAAGCAGCCGUAAAAGAACUGGAAGCUCGCUUGAAAGAAAUCGAAAAGGAUAAUGAACUGCAGCAACAGCUACUUAAACACAUGUUGGACAGGGAUGAUGCUGUGAUGGUAGCGAGUGUUACUAGCAAUGGUAGUCAUCAACCGGGUCUACGAGAUAGCUGUAAUAGUUCAGCCGCGUCCUCUAGGUCUCCUUCUCCAACUCAAGAUAAUGGUAAUUUGAAGCCUCUAAGUGUUACUGCUCCUACUAGUCCUGCAUCUGGAAAGCACCGACGGCGCUCCGCUUACCAGGAAGAUUUAUUGUUUGGCAAACAACCUCCCCCUGUAGAGCUCUUGGGUGAUGCAGACAACGGUCUCUCCGGCCCUGAUAUAUUGAUGGCGCCGCCUCAUAAAGCGAGCAUCAUGCGAGUUCCUUCUGUCCCAGCCGCCAACAAAAAUUUGUAUACUAAACCAGACCUGCUAAAGCCCUCGCCAGUGCUGAGUCGGAGAAAUUUCGAACCACCCAGUUCGCCGCGGUUAAGACGUAAUACUUUCGUUAUUAACAGUUCAACAAAUCUGCUUGGCAAAUCUGGCUCUAUGGAUCAGGGUCUGGACAAGAGCCCUCCUAAUUCACCCCCGACUUACCGGAGAUUGACAAGCAGAGAGGAGAACGUCUUCUCGCGUCUUACGUCCGGAACCACCGUGUCGAACGACCAGCAUAGAGGCAAGGGCGUCAUCCAAGUCUACCAAGGGAGGGCAAGCGUUAGGUCACCUUUAAUAUGUACGCAUGUAGCUACGGGCCAUGCUCGAGCCGUGCUUGCGCUAGAUGCUUCAGAGGACUUACUAUUUAGUGCUUCCCGAGAUAAAACCGUCAAAGUUUGGGAUCUGCACGAGGGCAAAGAAGUGCAGUGCCUAUACGGACGGGAUAUAGUCGUGGCUGUGAAAUAUAAUGAGGCAACUCAAACAAUUCUGAGCGCUUCCUCUGCUCAAGUGAGAAUUUGGGAUUUGCGGAGUCCUUCGUGUAUCAAAACGCUGUGGUCAUCGGGGCUUGUAAGUAAUGGCCACAUGAACACAGCACAAAUGCCCACCGGAGAAACGCAAGUGAACGAUAUCGCUAUUAACAGCUCCGGUAAAAUCCUAUACACCGCCGCAGGAGAUAAGGUCAAAAUGUGGGAUAUGCGAAGGUAUGCUACAAUAGGCAAAUUAGUUGGCGGGCAUACAGCGGCUGUGAUGUGUUUGGCUGUGGAUGAAUUUACCCCCGGUGAGGACAGAGUGGUCACCGGCUCAAAGGAUCAUUAUGUUAAGGUUUUUGAAGUAGCCCAUCAAACAGGAGGCAGUUGUGCUCCCCGUAUCAAUUUUGAACCUCCCCAUUAUGAUGGAGUCCAGUCUCUAGUCGUCAGGGAUAACAUAUGCUUCUCUGGAUCUCGUGAUUCCUGUAUCAAGAAAUGGGACAUCGAUCAAGAAGUCCAAAUACACUCUGUGAGGAAUGCCCACAAAGACUGGGUCUGCGGACUGGCAUAUGUUCCUAAUCAACCACUGCUGAUGUCCGUCUGUCGAAGUGGUUCCUUGAAACUGUGGUCCUCCGAUACCUGUUCUCUCCUAGGUGAAAUGAAAGCACACGAAUCGUCAAUCAACGCAAUAGCCACAAAUAGCUCCCUAGUAUUCACAGCUGCCAACGACACAACUAUUGGUAUUUGGCGUCUGAAUAACCGUCGAGAAAUGCUGAAUGAUUUAACAUGACAGGUCUCCCUUCCAAUCGUCAUUCUCCUAACGGCCAUUAUUUUUAUUUCCGGGACGUCACCGUUAUACCGUUAUACAUGAUCUUACUUUUGCCAAGUUUCAACAAUGUAUGACUUGUCAAGUGUCUUGUCUCAGUGCAAUCGUAAUAUUCUAACUUAUACAACAUUUCUGUCACGGACGUCUUACAUUUCAACAGGUCAUAUAAACUUAAAAUUCAUUUAGUAGACUUAUCUCACUUUUUAAACUUGAAUGAGAAGGAAGGGCAGUUUCUAGCCUUGCCGUCAACACAUAAUAGACUAGGUUGAUGCAAUAGCGGAUCAGAAUUUCACAUACCAACUAAACCAUCAAAUUACCACAUCACAAUGCUCAACAUUAAUUAUGGGAAAAAGUGAAAGAAAACAUUUUUCCCCUAAAAAAUCUAAGUGGUUUUAUUUUAAGAUCCUUGGUCUUCUCUAUAUCUUUUAUUUUUAUUUGAAAGACAAUUCAUUUUUUCUAGCAUGUGUCGCAUGAUGGAAGGCAAAAAGCUCUACCGUGGGAACUAUCCUCCGCCUUCUCUAAAGACUGUUUAAGUAUUUAACUCAGGAAACUCACACAUUCCUGUAAAUUUUAUUUUUAGUACUGAAAAAUUCAUUUUUCAUUUAAUUCAAAAGCUCGGAUGCUUAAUUUUAUCUUCAUGAUUGCGGCAAAGAUUUUUUUACUGCGUGAGAAGUUGUUGAUAUUUUUAGUUAAUUACUUUGUUCUUGUCAUUUGUUAUUUUUAUUCGUGUUCUUUUCAGAUUUUUAUUCCUAUUAGCCCUGUAAAUACCUUAGUUUUUUUUAUUAAUUUAUUGAAAGCUGAGUCCUAAGAUUAGGGUGCAGCUCAUUGUUUGAUGCAUUCAAAUUUUUAAAAAAAAAUCUGCUCCCACCAUCUCAAAAAUUCAUCCUUAAGAUAGGUAUCUCCUUUUUUCAUAUUUACGUAAACAUGAUUCAAAAAAUGUGUUUUUUAUGGUUUGAAUUUUCAAAAUACUGCUAAAAUUCAUUUCAUUUUUGGCCAAAGAUGUUUAAAAGGCAUCGGUGUUUCGUAAUCAUUGAGUUAUCUGCAAAAGCUGCCGGAUCAGAAAUCUUUUUUAGUACGUGGCAGUAGAACCUUUUACAAAAUUUUGAUGGAUCAAAAAAUGAGCAAUAUUUUGUCAUGCUGCGUGCUCUAGUUUUUUUUUUAGAAAAGAUGUCCUCCAAUGGUGCCAAAAAUUUUAUUUGUACCAAGCAUUGUGUAAACUUUUGAAUUCUAUUACCUCAAAGUGGACAGAUUCAACCCGAAUCAUCCUUUCUAUAUGAGACGCUGCUUAGUUUCCUCUCGUGUCUUGUUUUUUAACAGAAAUCUAUGGAACAUUUUACUUCGAAAUUUUGUACAUUUAUUUAUAAUAAUCGAUGGAAAAUUAACAAAAAGUUCAAAAGCAUCAUUGUGUUAAGAUUUCUGUCAACAAAAUAAAACGUGAGAGGAAAUUAAGCAACAUGUAAUGCAGUUAGGCCGAAUCCUGUUAAAUACUCUCCUUGUCGUAAUUAUUCCCCUUGGUUUUAAGUUUUGCAUGCACAAAACUUCAGAGAAGGCAGAUUUAUUUCCAAGGAACAAAAUUACCCGGGCGAAUAAUAAAAAACAAUAUUUCCACUACCCUCAAGGGAAGCUUUGAAAGUAAAAAUGCAAAAAUAAGCCGCUCCUUCAUUCCCAGAAAAGGUCAAUUCUCCAUUUUCUUAAGUACUUUUAAGUCGUUUCUUCCAGAGACUAGAUAUGCGACUUAUACUUGUAUGGACUCACAAUCAGAAUAAUCACCAAGACUCUAAUUUAACUUAAACAGUGCAGGUUGAUCUCUGUACCUUUAAGGCGCAAACCAAAAUGAGGUAGUAAAUUUUGGGGAAGGGGGCGAUUGCAACUUUUAUUUUAGACAUACUGACCUUAGAGGAAUUUUUUGUGUGUCUUCAAAUGUGUCAUCAGAAAAAAAAAAUGGAGUUGUUAGUCUCGUUUUUCUUUCCUACAACUUGGUUCUCUACAAACAAGAAUAAUGGAGACAUUGUCAAAUUUCGUAUUGUCAUGAUCCGACCAACUCGCAAAGGAGAAACUCUCACUAUAUUUUCAUAAUAGACGUUGUUUUUGAUGCGAGAAAAAUUUGUUAAAAACAAUUGUAGGUGGUUGUCAUAAAUUCUUCAUUCAAACUGCCAUAUCCAGGCCAAUUUUUUUUCAAAUAAGCUAAUCUUUGUCUCAAUAGUUUUCUCUUAAUGCCCUCUUUCAAAUGAAACCAAGAGCAACUUUAUAAGUUGUUCAGUCUGGUAAUUUUAGUACUAUUCUGGAUAAUUUUGGGGGACCGCCUAGGUCAAGAAUUUGCUUGUUAUGUUCAAUUUUGUUUUAAAGAUCCCAUGUUACCCUGCCAUACUCCAGAAAAAUUCCGAAUUAGCAUUCAAAUUUUACAAAAUUAAAAUUAUAAUGGAUAAAAUAUCAAUUUUCUGGUUGUGAGUUUUCAUCUCUGAAUAUGUCAGGUAUAUUUUUCGCAAUUUGUUUCAUUGUAUUUGAUAAUUUAAACGAAAAUUAUUCUUAACUUCCCCAAAACUAAAUAUCAUUUCCUAGAAUUUCGUCAGCACUUGAAUGCGAAUAUGAUGUUUUCCUGUAGAGUUUUGUUACCACAAUCAAAAUUGGUCAUCAAAAUGACUGUCAAGUGUUGUUGAUCAAAAUUAAGAAAGGCUGCUACUUUUUUAUUUUCUUUACUACUUAACAUAAUUCGCCAGCGGAGUAUCUAAAGUCAUUUAUUUGAUACUGGGUUCGCGAUUCAGCUGCACCCCAUAGUUUUGAAACGGAAACACUUAGCAGUCGCAUUGAUGAUCCAUAUUGAUCAUGAGAAUCUAACCUAUCAUGGCAGUAUAACAAGGGUCGUCAAUUCAAAAAAACAUCAGCAAGAUCGUAAAUUUAAGAUCUCUGAUUUUGAAUGACCAGGUAGACAAACUGAAAAUGAUGAGCUUGGUGCAAAACGGUGCAGCUUGCACCAGUAUUUUUCUCUUUUUUUCGAGAUAAUAUUCACCGCAACGGUGUAUUUUUCUUUGAAACAUCUUGUACUUACUAAUAUUUUGCAUGUUACAACUCUGUACACACAUAUCUAUGUAAAUAAGUUUUGUACCUGUGUAAUAUAUGUGUAAGUGAAAUACUAAUAUUUUUCAGGCGGAAUCUGAAUCGAGAAGAUUUAAUUCCGAUCUUGUUUGAGUUUGUUGGUUUGAACUGUUUCUGGAUAAAUUCAAUUGCUCUGCUUUUUUAUACCUUUUUUGUUAAUUUUUAUAUAUUUUAUCUCCAUUUUAACAAAUUUUGUCAACCACGUACAUUUAUUUAACAUACUUGAAUCCAAUAGCUGAGUGUUAAUGAAAGAUGGAAACAGUAAAGAGAGAAUUUUAAAUAACUA